ACAAUUAAAAUGAUUACCAUUCUUAGUAUUUCAUCAUCGUUGCUUUGGUUUUCGUUACCAUGCUUAUUGGCGGCGUUUUAGGCUACGUCUUUCGUGAAAGGGUGCAGCAAACUAUGCGUCAGGAAAUGCGUUCUACAAUGGCUUUGUAUGGUAGUCGACGAGAAAUUACACAGGCCUGGGAUUUAACACAAGAACGAUUACAAUGCUGCGGCGUGGAUACUUGGCACGAUUGGAAUCGAUAUGGACUUGUGCCAGAAUCAUGCUGUCAAGAACUGUUUGGAGGGCAACGCAAAGAAUGCGCUCUCUUUCCCAAUAUUACGAAUUUGUAUAAUCAAGGCUGUUUAUAUGUGGCUACAAAUUUCAUACGAGAUCAUGCGGCUGUUAUUGGAGGCACAUCUAUAGCCGUGGCUAUACUUAUGAUCUUUGGUAUGAUUUUCUCUUGUUUGUUAUUCAAUAUGAUUGAAUAACAUCUUUUUGGACAUUGCCUCGAUCAUGGGAAUACCUGUUUAUUAAAUAAUGUUAAACAUAAAGUAUUAUCCAAGUGUAUGAUAUGUAAGAUUUGUUAUGCAAAAGCUAUAGCUUUUGUAAAAUUUAUAUAUGCUUAUGAACAUAAUUAAUUAUAUACCUUCAUAAAUGCAUAGUGGUUUGUCAAUCUGUAAUUUGUUGUUAUAUA